GUCAGCGAUACCUCGGCUCGGUCAAAGUUGCAAGGGGAAGAUACAAUCCGGAUUGGAAUUUGCUGGUCUCUGAUUGGAUACUCCGGCUCCUGCCCCCUUGUUCGUUACUAUGCUACAAGCACUAGACCCCAGCAUCUACUCUAGGCAUCCUAGCCUACCUGCUUACCUGAGCUUGCAUCUCUUCUAAAGUUUUAGCGGUGUUUUCCUAGGUUAGUUAACGCUUUCAGACUCCAGAGGGCGCAAGAUCUUUGAUCACAUGCCACCACACCACGCAUUGGCUUUUUAUUUUCCAAGGUUAUCUUCAUUUUUGGGAUUCGUUUUGAGUUUUAAAUGCAUACAGCUCAAAGCGUGCUGCAUCGUCGAUAAUAUGGCCACGAUACGAGGAGAUUACGAUAGUAUAAAAUGGAGGAAAAUAGGGGGGGAUAUGCCCAGUACUUAUAUAGCAUUCAACAAUAUUGUUUCUACAUAUAUUCGUGGCAAAUUCGCUUCUCGACUCGAAUCGUGGCCGCCCAUGUGCCCGGGAAGCGAUGGACAGCUAAACCCGGGGAAGGUGGGAAAGCUCGCAGGGUCUUUCUCACAAGGCGCUCGUGAUGCAUACCUGAUUAUAUAAUCAUAAGAAAUGACUUUGAAAAGGAUGGUUGAUAAGUAGUUAAUACCUACAUAUGUAG